AUGGCCGGUCCUUCUGUCAUCGUCAUUGGCGCUGGGGCCGGAGGGCUCGCGGCGGCAGCUCGGCUUGCCCAACAGGGUGCCAAAGUGAAGGUGAUUGAGAAAAACGACUGUGUUGGCGGGCGGUGUUCGAUCAUCCAUGAUAAUGGCUUUCGCUUUGAUCAAGGCCCAUCACUCGUUCUCAUGCCGGAAAUUUUUCUCGAGACUUUCCAGGAUCUUGGAACCUCAAUGAACGAAGAAGGCCUGGAUAUGCUUAAAUGCGAGCCGAACUAUCGAAUCUGGUUUGCUGACGGCGACACGGUCGAACUAUCAUCCAAUCUGUCUCAGCUCAAACAAGAGAUCCAGCGUCACGAAGGUCCGGACAGUUUUCCCAGAUUAUGCGCGUUUUUAUCGGAGGCAGGGACAUACUAUGACUUGGCUCUCAAUUAUGUUCUUCGCCGAAACUUUCCGUCGAUACUGAGUCUGCUGCAGCCCAGGGUUCUACUGGGGUUGCUGCGCAUGCGACCAUGGACCACUGUCUACGGUCGGGCCUCGCAGUAUUUUUAUUCUGAUAAGAUGCGAAGGGCUUGGACAUUUGCAUCGAUGUACUUGGGUAUGAGCCCCUACGUAGCGCCCGGUACCUAUGCUUUAUUGCAAUAUACAGAGACAGUUGAUGGUAUCUGGUAUCCACGAGGGGGGUUUCAAGCUAUUCUUCAAGCCCUUGCCGAUGUUGGCAGCAGAUUUGGCGUCCAGUACCGGCUGAACAGCACAGUCGAAUCAAUCAUUGUCUCCAAAGACCACCCAAAGUCGGCCCAGGGAGUACGGCUCUCCUCUGGCGACGAAUUAUAUGCAGACAUAGUUCUAGCCAAUGCGGAUCUCGUAUAUGUCUAUAAUGAACUUCUUCCCCCCUCACCUCAAGCCUGUGCCCUUAAGCGCCGGCAGGCCUCGUGCAGCAGUGUGUCAUUCUUCUGGGCCAUGGAUCGCACAUUGCCACAAUUGAAUGCACACAACAUUUUUCUGGCUCACAAGUACCAGGAGAGUUUUGAUGCCAUUUUCAAACAUCACAGCAUUCCUAACGAGCCCUCAUUCUAUGUGAAUGUUCCGAGUCGUGUCGACCCUACAGCUGCGCCGGCUGGAAAGGAAACCAUGGUUGUCUUGGUUCCAGUGGGAAAUCUCACUUCUGCAUCGGUCGAUGAAACACAGACAUGGGAGCAAAAAAUUCCAGCUAUUAGGAACUUCGUGUUGGAGGCACUUAAGAUGCGAGCAGGACUAGGGGACCUCAGCUCAGACAUCCUAUCAGAGAGAUAUGAGACCCCGGCUACAUGGCAGUCUAAAUUCAAUCUGGACCGCGGUGCAAUCCUCGGACUGUCACAUAGCUUCCUGAAUGUUCUCAGUUUCCGUCCAAAGACCAAGCAUCCCGAUAUAGAGAACCUUUAUUUUGUCGGCGCAAGUACGCAUCCGGGGACUGGGGUACCCAUCUGUCUAGCAGGGGGAAAGCUGGUGGCACAGCAGAUAUUGGAAAACUACGACAAGGCCGAGGAGGGUUGGAGUUCAUCAAGCUUUCAAAUUAUCAUGGCCCUGGUUGCUGUCCUAGUCGUGACGAUAUCGCUCCUUGCAAAUAAUUUGUCUAGUAACGGCUUGUUCGUGUACUUGCCUGAACACUAG